AUGCCUCCCGCUCAGGAAAACCGCGGCACCAAAAGGAAACCCAAGUAUGCUGGUGGGAAGAAGCAGGCCAAGAAGCAGAAAAAAGGAGGCGAUUGGAUCGAGGCGUCUUCCGAGGACAUUUUGCUUGAAGAUGUUCGAGCAUUACUCGAGAAACAAUCGCUUGGUGUGAAAGAGCCUGGAGAACUGGUCGAGACUCAAACCGAGUUGGAGCUGGACGUCGGACUACUUUCUUCGACCGGCGAUGGGCUUGCAUUCAACCCCAAGGACAAUCGAGUCUAUGUCGUACCCUUCACCGUUCCGGGAGAUCGAGUGCUCGCCAAGGUCUUUCGGCAUAUGGAUGAGCACCCGUAUUCCAUGACCGACUUCGUCAAAGUGCUCGAACCCUCCUCUCUACGCGACGAUUCCCGCAUCGGAUGCCAGUACUUUUCAAAAUGCUCGGGAUGCCAGUUCCAGAUGAUGGCGUACGACGACCAACUCGCGCACAAGAAGACCAUCGUCGAGAAAGCGUUCCGCAACUUUUCGACCAUCGACCCAACGCUGCUGCCGCCGGUGGGGGACACGAUCGGGUCCCCGCUGCAGUAUGGCUACCGCACCAAGCUGACGCCGCAUUUCGAUGGGCCGCCCGGUUUUCGUAGUAACCGGAAGAAGGGCAUCAAGGCGGCGUUUACGGAAGUACCGCCGAUCGGCUACAUGCUUAAGAACACGCGGAAGACGCUUGACAUUGAAGACUGUCCGAUCGGCACCGAGGCCGUUCUCAAGGGGCUCAAGCGUGAGCGGCAACUCGUCGUGGACCAUCUCGACAAAUACAGCCGCGGCGCCACCAUUCUCCUUCGAGAAAGCACUAAACGAAUCCCCAAACCCGAAGACACCCCAGCGACCGACGAGUCUGCCACGUCCCCACCUGACGUUGUCCGCGAAGAGUUUCCCACCCACUAUCACGACAAGACCUACAUCGCCGACCAACGCGCCACCAGCACGGAGUAUGUCGACGACUUCAUCUUCGAGAACCCUGCUGGCUCGUUCUUUCAAAACAACAACUCCAUCCUCUCCCCCUUCACCCACUACAUCCGUUCGCACAUCCUCCCCUCCAACCCUGCUCCAGAUGUCCCCCCUUUGAAAUACCUCAUCGACGCCUACUGCGGCUCCGGCCUCUUCACCAUCACCCUCUCCUCCCUCUUCGAAAAAUCCCUCGGCAUCGACAUCUCCGACCCGUCCAUCGACUUCGCGCGCCGCAACGCCCGCCUGAACCACCUGUCCGAGUCGCGCGCCCAGUUCCACGUCGGCAACUCCGAGCGGAUCUUCGAGGUCGUCGAGUUCCCGCCGGAGGAGACCGCUGUCGUCAUCGACCCGUCCCGGAAAGGGUGCGAUCUGGCGUUUUUGCGCCAGUUGUUGUUGUUCGGGCCGGCGCGAGUGGUGUAUGUGAGCUGUAAUGUGCAUACGCAGGCGCGGGACGUCGGGGCGUUGGUGAAUGGGGUGAAGGGGGUGGAUGGGGGAUUUGGGGAGGGAGAGGGGGCGUAUGAGGUGGAGAGUGUGAGGGGAUUUGAUUUCUUUCCGCAGACAAGUCAUGUGGAGGGGGUUGCGGUGUUGAGGAAGAAGCAGAUUGUAUGA